CAUCCAAAUUAAUCUUUAUCCUAGCUCUUUAUAGAGAGGUCAUUUCAAGAUCACACAAUCAUGGGAUCUUUAUCAAAAAACAUAUGGAUUGGAGGAGCCAUAUUAAUUGUUAUCAUUCUCACCAUUAUGUUAAGGAAAUGGGCUGUUUGCUCACAAGCACAAGCAACAUCUUUGGCUAGAGCACAAGGUGACCAUGAUCAGAAAGAGAUUGGGCUAUCUUCAUUUUCUACUACUAAGAGUAUUAUUAGGACUUAUGCACUUGAGGAAAUCAAGGUGGCAACUAGGGAUUUCCGAAUUCGGAUAGGUGUUGGAGCGACGUCGUAUGUUUAUCUCGCUGAGCUUGGUGACGGGCGGUUUGGUGCAGUGAAGAGGGUGAUGGAGGAGAGGGGUGGUUGCCAAAAGAUGUUUCUUGAUGAAGUCUCUAUAUUGCUUAGGAUUUCUCACCCUAACUUGGUUGCCUUGUUGGGUUUUUGCUUGGACAAAGGUGAGCAGCUUCUUCUACUAGAAUAUAUACCAAACAAGAGCCUCUAUGAUAGACUACACUCCCAUAAAGCUACGUCUUCCGGAUGUCUCUCAUGGUCGAAUCGCAUAAGCAUUGCCUUAGACAUUGCUCACGCCCUCGACUACCUCCACUCAGUCGCUGACCCUCCAGUCAUCCAUAGGGACGUCAAAUCAUCCAACAUCCUCCUCGUUAACAACAAUCAUGCUAAACUUGCUGACUUUGGCCUAUGCAAAUUAGGGCAUGAUGCUUAUGGUGCGCAAACACCGACAAUUAUACGUGGCUCCUUAGGCUAUGUUGAUACCAAUUACCUCAACACGGGUCUAGUAUCACCUAAGAGUGAUGUAUAUAGCUUUGGUGUUUUGUUACUCGAGCUUAUAACUGGCAUGAAAUCAUUGCAUGGUUCGAUAACCCUAGCUGAGUGGACGAAUGAAUGUAGAAAACAUCAAGAUGUGGAUGUUAUGAUGGGUAUGUUGGAUCCUAAGCUAAAUGGUCAAGUAAAUGGGGAACAACUUAGAGUUCUAGUCCAUGUGGCCAACAUGGCAUUGCUAGAAAACUCGAUGGCAAGACCAAGUAUGGCUGAAAUUGCGCAUUGGAUAUCAAGUUGUAUGGAGCGAUUACCUGAAUCCCAUUUACCCACAUAAUUAGAUACAAUGGUGGCACGUACAUACAUUGUUAAUUGAUGUAGGUACACAUUCUUUAAAAAAUAAUAUCAAGUUCCCACUACUGAAAAUUUAUUGAUA